GCCAGAGUGUUUAUGCUUUUAUCUAGCGUCUCGGUGCGUUUCCUGCGAACACAACAGAAAGGGGAAAUUGCCACAGCUAGGGUGUGUCUGAAAUCCUUCAGUCCGCUGCCCGCUGGAGGAGCUGGAAGAAGCAGGGGAGUUUUGCUGCCGGCUGCCCCCAAACCAGCCAUGGCUGCCGCGAAUCCAGCGCAACUGCUCCUAGGUGAAGUGACUUGUUCGGUGUGUCUAGAUUGUUUUAAAGACCCAGUGUCUCUAGAUUGUGGACACAAUUUCUGCCAGGCCUGCAUCACUCAGUACUGGGAGGGAUUUAGUACAAACUUCCGCUGUCCUGAGUGCAGAGAAACCUUUUCCAAGAGAAACUUCAAACCAAACAGACAGCUAGGGAAUAUUUCCAGAAAACUUAAAUGGGAGUUAACAAAAGAACGAGAAGUUGGGAGAGUGUGUGAAAAACACAAGAAGGCUUUAGAUGUCUUCUGCCAAGAGGAUCAAACACCCAUUUGUAUGGUUUGCCAUCUGUCCCGAGAUCACAAAGAACAUGCCGUGGUUCCCAUAGAGGAGGCGGCUGAGGAUUACAAGGACCAAAUUCGGAGCCGUUUGGAGAUUUUGAAGAUAGAGAGAGACGUGAUUCUGACAUUUAAAUUGAGUGGCAAAAAUAAAAGCCAUGAACUGCUGAAACAGCUAGAAACUGAGAAGCAGAAGAUUGUGUCUGAAUUUCAGCAACUGCGCCAGUUUUUGGAGGAACAAGAGCGACUCCGGCUGGCUCAGUUGGAAGAGCUGAAUCAGGAAAUUGAAAAGGGGAGGGCUGAGUAUCUUGCCAAAUUAUCUGAGGAAAUAUCUUCUUUCAAUUCCCUGAUCAGUGAGAUGGAGCAGAAGUGCCAGCAGCCAGCAAGUGAAUUCUUGCAGGACAUCAAAGGCACCUUGAGCAGAUGCGAGAGGGAGACGUUUCAGAACCCAGUGGCCUUUUCUUCUGAACUGAAAUGGAGAAUCUGGGAAUCUUCUCAAAGAAAUGCAUCUCUGGAGACCAUAAUGAAGAAAUUCAAAGGUAAUAAACAGGCUGAGCUCUGCCCCUCACGCUCUGAUUCUCUCUCUACAGCAAAAGUGACUCUGGAUCCAGACACGGCCCAUCCCGAACUCAUCGUGUCUGCGGAUCGGAGAAGUGCAAGAUUGGGGGAGACACGGCAGGAUCUGCCCAACAACCCUGAGAGAUUUGACACUGAGCAUUGUGUGCUGGGCUGUGAGGGAUUCACCUCGGGCAGUCAUUACUGGGAGAUGGAGGUGAAGGUGGAGGCAGAGGGGAUGGGAGACUGUGCUGUGGGAUUGGCCAAAGAGUCUGUGACCAGGAAGGGAGAGAUCAGCCUUAACCCUGAGCAGGGGAUCUGGGCUGUGUCAUGCAGUGAGGAUUGGUGCUGGGCUCCCACAUCCCCUGAGCAGCUAAUCCAGUUCCCCCCGAGCCAGGGACCCCGCAGGAUCCGGGUUUAUCUGGACUAUGAACGGGGGCAGGUGGCGUUUUUCGAUGCUAGUCGUGGGGACCCGAUAUUCACUUUCCCGCCGGCCUCUUUCACUGGGGAGAGAAUCCGCCCGUUCUUCCGGGCUGAUCUCAAUGUGCGGCUCCUCUAGCCCCCACCCUCCUGAUCUCUAUGACCUGGAGGACUCAGCCAGUCUCCUCCCCGCACAGGCAGGGCUGAAAGGGGGGUGACGCUCUAUCCAUUGCUCUAUGGCUGUGGAGGUCUCUGUGAGGCUCUAGGCUGGGUCUUUAUGCUCCUUGGAGGCCAACUCUGUGUGGAGUGGGGGGGUCCCACCAAGGAAGGAGGGAGCCCCCCUGUGGGAGAGGGACCCAGCCGAGCACCAGGGAGAGACCCCUCAAAUGAAGAGGCUGUUGGGGGGAGACCGGGGAGAGGCCUCGCUGAAGAGGCUGUUUGGGACGUGGGGGGGACAGACCAGAGGGCAAACCAGGCGUCAUGUGGGGAGAGGUUCCCAGGAGAUCAGGGGCAGGUAUCUCAGGGGAAGCAGAGCUGAGCAGGGAGGACCCAGCGGCACAGACAACGUCCUGCCCCUUGGCUUGGGGGACACAGAGGCUGGGGACCCGUCGGGCCCCCCAGGGUUCCACCAAUCAGAGCCCAGGACUGGAGUCCUCUGCUCCCCUUCAGCGGCUAUUCUAGCAGCGUGAGCAGGACACUGGGUGGUGGAUUCAGACUGAUGAGCUCCUAAGCGCCCUGUGGGCCAGUGUUUGAGAUCUGCGGCUCCUGACACAGAGGCAAGGGAGGGAUCAGACACUGAUCUGUGGGCCAGAUGUUUCAGAGGGAUUUAGCCUUUAAAUAUCUGGUGCUGUAAGCUCUCUUGUCAGAAUAAACUACUCAAUACCCUGUGUAAUCCAAACUCAACCGAGGAAUCGUCCCUUUUCCAGCAAACAUGAAAGAAUUAAGAUGUUGACAUGAUUGUUCCCUUAGACAGUGUUUAUAGCAAAGCUAAUAUUGGUAGAUUGUGUUAUUAAAUUUAAUUGUUGUCAGUUAGGGUACAAAUUUCACUUUGUUCAUGAUUAAACUACUGUUGUAUGAGUCAGCAUUUUCUGAGGGCUCCAAGGCAGGUGCUACUUCUUAGAGCUAGGAGAAAAAUAUUUUCUCUGCCAAUUUAAUUUUAAAAAUUAAAAAAAUCGAAGGAAAUUUUAAAAAUGCUGUUUUGUUGGACAAUUUUUGUGGCAUUUUUCCUUGAAAAAAAUUAAACCAAUCGUAACAAAACAUUUUAGUUCUUUCGUUGUUAUAUUCCCCCCACCCACACUUUUCGCUCUGUCUUUUCUUUCCCUUCCAUUGGAAAAUGGGAAGAGGGGAAGGAGAGAAAGAAAAGUGAGCAGAUGCACCCAAAAUUCCAAGUUUGUUUCACUUUUUCAGAAGCCAAGACUCUCAAAAGCAGUUUUUGAUUCAAAAUUUGUCAUUUAGUUUAAUCAAAAAACUGAAAAAUUUCAAAGGAAUGAAAAAUUUCCCACCACAUUUUUCAUUUCCCUUGAAAAGCCAGUUUUCAGUG